AUGGAGGUGAAUGCGGUUAAAAAACGCCAUCGCACACGAUCCAAAGGAGUCAGAGCCGCCGUGGAAGCAGUGACACAGGAGUUAUUCAGCUGUCCCACUCCAGGCUGUGAUGGCAGCGGUCACGUCAGCGGGAAGUACGCCAGACACCGCAGCGUCUACGGCUGCCCGCUGGCCAAGAAGAGGAAGGCUCUGGAAAAACAACCACUGGAGCCGGCUGCCAAGAGGAGGCCCUUCAUCACCUCCUGCACAGGGGAGGAGGAGGAGGACAACGGCGACGAAGAAGAAGAGGAGGUGGAGAGAGAAGGAGAUGAAGAUGUGGAGGACGAGUUCUCGGAGGACAACGAGGAGCAGGGCGAGGAGGAAGAGGAGGAGGACGACGACGAGGAGGAAGAGGAGGAAGAAGAGGAGGAGGAGGAGGAUGGGAUGUAUGAGGAGGAGGAAGAAGUGGAAGAUGGUGACGAUGAGGAGGAGCAGGAGGAUGAGGGAGAUGAAGACGAGGAGGAAGAGGAGGAGCAUCAUCGUCAGCAUGUACACAAUACAUCCGUACUCCUUCCGAUCCAGAAGGACGACAACAACAACAGCUGCACCAUCAUCAACGCCGGCAACGGCACCGGAGAGGAUUACGAGAACUACGACGAGCUGGUCGCCAAGUCGCUGCUCAACCUGGGGAAGAUCGCCGAAGACGCCGCCUACCAGGCCAUGACCGAGUCCGAGAUGAACAGCAACUCUUCCAACAGCGCCGGGGAGGACGACGACGACGACGAGUACGACGGCAGCAAUCACGGCGACCGGAAGGGCGAGCUGAGCGUGGACCUGGACAGCGAUGUGGUCAGGGAGACGGUGGACUCCCUGAAGCUCCUGGCGCAGGGACACGGCGCCAUGCUGCCUGAGGACGGAUACCCGGACGGCGCCAUGGUGGACGACGUCGGCCACGCCAACGGGCGGCCCGGCGUCGGGGUGAGGGUCCAGGCGGAUGAGAGCGAGGAGGAGGUGUGUCUCAGCAGCCUGGAGUGUCUGAGGAACCAAUGCUUCGAUCUGGCUCGGAAACUGAGCGAGACGCAGUCAAGCGCAAGGCACCCACGCCAGAAAAGGAACUGUCAGCAGAGCGCCCAGGAGGAGCACAGGGCUCUGGAACGCAGCUACUCCGACAUGGUGAACCUGAUGAAGCUGGAGGAGCAGCUGAGCCCGGGGUCCAGAGGUUACCCGACCAGCUGCAGCCAGGAGGGCGACGAAGACACCACGUCGGUGGCCUCCGACCGCUCCGACGAGACCUUCGACAUGGCCAAGGGGAACCUGUCGCUGCUGGAGAAAGCCAUCGCCCUGGAGUCGGAGAGGGCGAAGGUCAUGAGGGACCGCAUGGCCUCGGAGCACUCGUUGCCCCGUCGGGAUCACCAUCACCAUCGGGGCCACGGAGAGCAUAGCUCCAGGCUGAGCUGCGCCGGCGAGGAGCGCAAGUCCAGGAUGCAUCACGACGGGAUGAAGAGGUCGUAUUACCCUAAAGACUCUUCCAGGGGGGAGAAGAAGGAGAGCAAGUGUCCGACGCCGGGCUGCGACGGGACGGGUCAUGUGACGGGUCUGUACCCGCAUCACCGCAGCCUGUCCGGGUGUCCUCACAAAGACCGGGUCCCUCCUGAGAUCCUUGCCAUGUAUGAGAAUGUUUUAAAGUGCCCCACUCCCGGCUGCUCUGGACGGGGUCAUGUCAAUAGCAACAGGAACUCGCACCGCAGUCUGUCCGGUUGUCCCAUCGCUGCCGCAGAGAAGAUGGCGAAGGUCCACGAGAAAACCAUCCCGACUGAGACCGGCAGUAAGACCAAUCAGACGUCAGACCGCGUCCUCAGGCCGAUGUGUUUCGUCAAGCAGCUUGAGAUCCCUCAGUACGGCUACAAAAACAACGUCCCCACCAGCACGCCGCGGUCCAACCUCGCCAAGGAGCUGGAAAAAUACUCCAAAACCAGCUACGACUACGGCGGCUACGACGGGCAGCACGGCGGCUACGGGAAGAGAGGCCCGGCCACCAAGUCCCACCACGGACGGGACACGUCUCCGAAGGGAUACGACGCUAAGCGCUACUGUAAGACGUCGAGCCCGGCCAGCAGUACGACCAGCAGCUACGCUCCCAGCAGCAGCAGCAGCCUGAGCUGUGGAGGAGGAGGAAGCAGCGCCAGUAGCACCUGCAGUAAGAGCAGCUUCGACUACACCCACGACAUGGAGGCGGCCCACAUGGCGGCCACGGCCAUCCUCAACCUGUCGACGCGGUGCAGGGAGCUCCCUCACGCUCUGGGAGGGAAACCCCAAGACCUGCUGACUCAGGUAAGCCCCGUGGGCGACCUGGACGACAGCGGCGCGGUGGACGUGGCGGGUCAGCCCGGCGGUCCGGAGGGCAGCGGGACGGUGUUGACCGCCCUGCAGCCGAUGUCGCCCCAGAGACAGGCCCUCCUCAGCAGCCGCUGCUACCAGCUGAGCGAGGCCGACUGCUGGGACCUGCCCGUCGACUACACCAAGAUCAAACGUCUGGGGGAGGAGCAGGACCACAAGGAGGUAACGGGAAGCGAUGAGAUGGAUCCCUUCCAGGAGCUGCUGGACGAGCAGCGCUACCCAGCCGAGGUCACCAUGCCCAGCCCCAAACACCACAAGUACCCGGCCUGCAAGGAGGGAAAGAAGGAGCUCAUCACGUUGUCAAGCUGCCAGCUGGCCGACAAGAACAUCCGCGGGAUGAUGACGACCAACUCUCCAGACCUCAGGUGUCCGACCCCCGGCUGCGAUGGAUCCGGACACAUCACUGGAAACUACGCCUCCCACAGGAGUCUGUCCGGCUGUCCACGAGCCAAGAAAAGCGGCAUCAAAAUCCUCCACAGCAAAGAGGACAAGGACGACCAGGAGCCAAUCAAGUGUCCGGUGCCGGGUUGUGAUGGACAGGGUCAUGUGACGGGGAAGUACGCCUCCCACCGUAGUGCAUCAGGCUGCCCCUUGGCGGCAAAGAGGCAGAAGGACAGCUACGUCAACGGCUCGCAGUUUGUCUGGAAAUCUGGCAAGACGGACGGCAUGAGCUGCCCGACGCCAGGCUGCGACGGCUCGGGACACGUCAGCGGGAGCUUCCUGACCCAUCGGAGUCUCUCCGGUUGUCCCCGUGCCACCUCGGCCAUGAAGAAGGCCAGGAUGAGCGGCGUGGAAAUGUUGACAAUCAAACAAAGAGCAAGCAAAGGCAUCGAAAACGAUGAAGAAAUCAAACAGCUGGAUGAAGAAAUCAAAGAUCUGAAUGAGUCCAACACUCUAGUGGAGUCCGACAUGAUAAAACUGAGGACACAAAUCACCACCAUGGAGACCAACCUGAAGUCCAUCGAGGAGGAGAACAAGGUGAUCGAGCAGCAGAACGACUCACUGCUGCACGAGCUGGCCAACCUCAGCCAGUCGCUCAUCAACAGCUUAGCAAACAUCCAGCUUCCACACAUGGAGCCAAUGAAUGAACAGAACUUUGACACUUAUGUGAGUACACUGACAGACAUGUACACUCACCAGGACCAGUACCAGAGCCCGGAGAACAAGGCGCUGCUAGAGAACAUCAAACAGGCCGUUCAGGGUAUCCAGGUUUAG